AUUCCUUCCCAGCUUCCAAACAAACAUAAAAUUAUCGUAAUAAUACAAUAUAUAUAUGCGACCUCGAAAAGCCAUUUGUGCUAUAUCCGAACCUUUCUACAUCCUUAUCCGCCCACUCCCCAUCUCCAAGAGUUCCCCAAGCAGUACUUCUUCCAAGAUGGCAAGGAUUGCCUUCGGACGUUUCAAUGAUUCCUUCAGUUUAGGCUCUUUCAAGGCCUAUCUGGCCGAGUUCAUCUCAACCUUACUGUUUGUUUUUGCUGGUGUUGGUUCGGCUAUCGCUUACAAUAAGUUGACAUCAAAUGCUGCACUUGAUCCAGCCGGGCUAGUAGCCAUCGCUAUCUGCCAUGGGUUUGCUCUCUUUGUUGCAGUCUCCGUUGGUGCAAACAUCUCCAGUGGCCAUGUGAACCCUGCUGUCACCUUUGGAUUGGCACUAGGUGGCCAAAUCACCGUCCUUACUGGCAUCUUUUACUGGAUUGCCCAGCUUCUUGGCUCCAUUGUGGCAUGCUUCCUCCUCAAGGCAGCAACUGGAGGCUUGACAAUUCCCAUUCACAGCCUUGCCAGUGGAGUAGGUGCCAUUGAAGGAGUGGUCAUGGAGAUCAUCAUCACCUUUGCUCUGGUCUACACAGUCUUUGCAACAGCAGCUGACCCCAAGAAGGGUCCCCUGGGCACAAUUGCCCCUAUUGCCAUUGGUUUCAUCGUCGGUGCCAACAUCUUGGCUGCCGGCCCUUUCUCCGGUGGUUCAAUGAACCCAGCCCGCUCCUUUGGGCCUGCCGUGGUUAGUGGUGACUUCUAUGACAACUGGGUCUACUGGGUUGGGCCCCUUAUUGGCGGUGGCUUAGCUGGGCUUGUAUAUGGGAAUGUGUUCAUACACCAUGAACAUGCACCUCUGCCCAAUGACUUGUGAGUAGUUUCAAAGUUCUUGCACUGUCUUUUUUUGUUCUUCUCAUGUCUAUGUAAUACGGAGGAAGAGCAAAUUUGCUCUUCUUUCCUUUUUCCCUUUUGUUUUCUUUGCAUAAUUAUAGUUACAUCUUGUUUUGUGAUUGUAAAACCUUGUUGGGUUCGCUUGUUGCUUUAUGAAAAUGGAUGAAGUUGAUGAAAUGCAGCCAUUCUCGUCUUGUAUCUAUUAUGGAGGGGAUCAUGAUGACCGAUCUUGCAAUAAUACAAUUUCUUUAGACAUAUGCAAAUGAUGGUUAUCACUUCUUUACUUUUCUUUUUCCUUUCA